AUGGCCAGCGAACGUGUAUUCCGUCUGCCCUUCCGCAAGCCGCAAUGGCUGAACAGCGCCACUACUCGUACCGCCGGCGUCUACUUUGCUGGAGCCUUGUUCGCUAUCGCCCUCUUCGUCUUUCUUGAUGCCGCCAUCUAUUCUAAAUCAGCCCUCAAUGGCUCCGACGUACAUGUGACCUUUGUCGACUGGAUCCCCGUCAUCUUCAGUGUCCUCGGCAUGCUCAUCGUCAACUCGAUUGACAAAUCCCGUCUCUCUGAGGAUAGCUACAGUGGUGGUGAUGGUGCCGCCUGGAAGGCUCGUGUUGUCUUGUUCAUGGGUUUCGCUGCAAUCGCUGGUGGUCUCGCUGGUGGUGUCACCGUCAUGGUCUUGAAGUACAUUGUUCCAGAAUACACCUUCCCUACCCUCUGGUUCGGUGUUGCCAACGUCAUCGCCAACAUUCUGGUAUCUCUCAGCUCUGUUGUCCUUUGGGUUUCGCAGAACAUGGAAGAUGACUACACCUACAACUUGCAGCUAUAG